GUUCUUCGUAAUUCAACAUAUCCAUUAAUUUCAUUGUCAUCAAAUAAUCCUUGGCAAGAAAUACGACAAUACUGCAACCUUGAAGCAAAUAAUAACAAUAAUAAAUAUGAAAUCUCUACAAUAAAUCAAACACAUACUAAUGAUAAUAAUAUUGAAUACUUAAAUGCUGAAGUAUCUACAAUAAAUCAAACACAUGAAAUCUAUGAAAUAUCUAGUGAUACUGAGGAUACG